UGUGACGCGCGCUUGCGCAGUGCCGGCCCCUCCCCGCCCCUUCCCCGGCCGCCCCGCAGCUUCUCCGCCUCUCCGCCUCUCCUCCUCUACGCCCCUCCGCCGGCCGGGCCCCGCCUCGGCUGCCCGCCCUCUCCCUGCUGCCAGCCGCCGCUCUGUCCGGCAGCAGCCAGCCCGGUCUCCGGCAGCAUGUUCAGCUGGGUCAGCAAGGAUGCCCGCCGCAAGAAGGAGCCGGAGCUCUUCCAGACGGUGGCCGAAGGGCUGCGGCAGCUGUACUCGCAGAAGCUGCUGCCUCUGGAGGAGCACUACCGCUUCCACGACUUCCACUCGCCGGCUCUGGAGGACGCUGACUUCGACAACAAGCCCAUGGUGCUGCUCGUGGGCCAGUACAGCACGGGCAAGACCACCUUCAUCCGGCACUUGAUCGAGCAGGACUUCCCGGGGAUGCGCAUCGGGCCCGAGCCCACGACCGACUCCUUCAUCGCCGUCAUGCACGGCCCCACCGAGGGCAUGGUGCCCGGCAACGCGCUCGUCGUGGACCCGCGGCGCCCCUUCCGCAAGCUCAACGCCUUCGGCAACGCCUUCCUCAACAGGUUCAUGUGCGCCCAGCUGCCCAACCGGGUCUUGGACAGCAUAAGCAUCAUCGACACCCCGGGGAUCCUGUCUGGAGAGAAGCAGCGCAUCAGCAGAGGGUACGACUUCGCGGCCGUCCUGGAGUGGUUCGCCGAGCGGGUGGACCGCAUCAUCCUGCUCUUCGACGCCCACAAGCUGGACAUCUCCGACGAGUUCUCGGAGGUCAUCAAGGCCCUCAAGAACCACGAGGACAAGAUCCGCGUGGUGCUGAACAAGGCCGACCAGAUCGAGACGCAGCAGCUGAUGCGGGUGUACGGGGCCCUCAUGUGGUCCCUGGGCAAGAUCAUCAACACCCCCGAGGUGGUGCGGGUCUACAUCGGCUCCUUCUGGUCGCACCCGCUCCUCAUCCCCGACAACCGCAAGCUCUUCGAGGCCGAGGAGCAGGACCUCUUCAAAGACAUCCAGUCCCUGCCCCGGAACGCCGCCCUCAGGAAGCUCAACGACCUGAUCAAGAGGGCCAGGCUGGCCAAGGUGCACGCCUACAUCAUCAGCUCCCUCAAGAAGGAGAUGCCCAACGUCUUCGGCAAGGAGAGCAAAAAGAAAGAGCUGGUGAACAACCUGGGCGAGAUCUACGCCAAGAUCGAGCGGGAGCACCAGAUAUCCCCCGGCGACUUCCCGAGCCUCCGCAAGAUGCAGGAGCUCCUGCAGACCCAGGACUUCAGCAAGUUCCAGGCCUUGAAGCCCAAGCUGCUGGACACGGUGGACGACAUGCUGGCCAACGACAUCGCGCGGCUGAUGGUGAUGGUGCGCCAGGAGGAGUCCCUGAUGCCCUCCCAGGUGGUGAAGGGCGGCGCCUUCGACGGCACCAUGAACGGGCCCUUCGGGCACGGCUACGGCGAGGGCGCCGGCGAGGGCAUCGACGACGUCGAGUGGGUGGUGGGCAAAGACAAGCCCACCUACGACGAGAUCUUCUACACGCUGUCGCCCGUCAACGGCAAGAUCACGGGCGCCAACGCCAAGAAGGAGAUGGUGAAGUCCAAGCUGCCCAACACGGUGCUGGGGAAGAUCUGGAAGCUGGCCGACGUGGACAAGGACGGGCUGCUGGACGACGAGGAGUUCGCCCUGGCCAACCACCUCAUCAAGGUCAAGCUGGAGGGCCACGAGCUGCCCACCGACCUGCCCCCACACCUGAUCCCCCCGUCCAAGCGGAGGCUCGAGUGACCACGCGGUCCCCGUGCGUCCGGCCAUCUCAGUGCCCAGCCAGGCAGACGCUAGGGGGAGGGGAGGGGUCGCCAGUUCUCGAGGUCCAUAAAGACUGCGUGGCUGUUCCCUCAGCUCUUCUUGCAAAGGAAAACCACCAU